AUGGCGCGCUCCUCCAGACGCUUCCCGCUUGGUAAAUCCCUGGAGUUGGGAGCUAUUCUCUUGAGCCAGAUUAUACUAAUAGCAGAAGGAAAUGAGUUUCCUCCCUUGGAUGCUAUAAGAAGCCAGGUGUCACCUCAAGACCAAGCUGUAGCUGUUCAAGGUUUGAUACAACGACUCAUACCUUCCAGAGCAACAGAAUUCCAGGUGUCAGUUGACCCAUCCAUAGGUCCUGCCAACAAGGAUACCUUCAAGCUGACCAGUCAGAAUGGAGACGUACUUGUCACAGGCACCUCGGGCGUGGCAGCAGCAUGGGGACUGCAGCAUUACCUCAAGUACUACUGUGGCUGUCACGUCUCCUGGGGUGGGGACCAGCUGGGAACAAUCCCCUCACCUCUACCACAGUUACCAGCUGGGGGAAUAACUGUCACCUCCAAUGACAGAUUCCGCUACUACCAGAACGUGUGUACUGUGAGCUACUCGUUUGUCUGGUGGAACUGGACACGUUGGGAGAGAGAGAUCGACUGGAUGGCCCUGAAUGGUAUAAACCUACCCCUGGCCUUCACCGGACAAGAGGCAAUAUUUCAGAAGGUAUACAUGAAGAUGGGAUUCUCAGCAGACGACCUUAACCAGUUCUUCACCGGACCUGCAUUCCUGGCUUGGGGACGUAUGGGCAACAUUGAAGCAUUUGGAGGGCCUUUAUCUCAGAACUGGAUAAAGGAACAGUUAGCUUUACAGCAUCAAAUUUUGACACGAAUGAGAUUAUUUGGAAUGACACCUGUGUUACCUGGAUUUGCUGGGCAUGUUCCUCCAGCCACAACCAGACUGUUUCCAAAUGCUUCGGUAUCAAGAUUGGGAAGCUGGGCCAGAUUCAAUGCCACAUAUUCCAUGACUUACCUACUGGAUUUUGAUGACCCAUUAUUCAACACUAUAGGUACAGCUUUUAUCUAUGAGAUGAUUGGUGAAUUUGGAACAGAUCAUGUGUAUAAUGCUGACACCUUUAAUGAGAUGACACCCAAAUCCAGUGACCCGAAGUACCUAGCCUCCGCAGGAAGGUCAGUGUAUGCUGCCAUGGCAACGGCUGAUCCAGAGGCUGUCUGGGUAAUGCAAGGCUGGAUGUUCCUCAGCGGUUUCUGGCAACCACCCCAGGCUGAGGCGCUUCUCACAUCUGUCUCUCCGGGUAAGAUGCUGAUCCUAGACUUGAUGUCAGAACUUUCCCCCCAGUACACGCGUCUCAAGUCGUACUACGGCCAGCCCUUCAUCUGGUGUAUGCUUCACAAUUUUGGCGGGAAUGAUGAGCUGUAUGGUGUGAUGGGUAAACUCAACACGGAACCAUUUGAAGGGAGAAACUUUCCCAACUCUACAAUGGUGGGAAUUGGCUUGGCACCUGAAGGUAUAAACCAGAAUGAUGUGAUCUAUGAGUUUAUGAAUGAGAAUGCCUGGAGGACUCAGCCCCGGAACAUCACACAAUGGGUUGUGGAUUAUUCCAUGAGAAGAUACGGGGGGAGAAACUCAGAUGCUGAAAGAGCCUGGACUCUACUCGCUAAAAGUGUGUAUAACUACCCUUCUGAAAUUAGAUUUCACGGAAAAGUUGGAGUUGUCAGAAGACCAAGUUUGAAACUAAAGAGAUUUAUAUGGUAUACACCAGCUGUGUUGAGAGAUGCCUGGGCUGGUCUGGUUAAAGCCUCAUCACAGUUCUCCAGUUCUCUCUUUAGAUAUGACCUGGUUGAUGUGACACGUGAAUGUCUACAGCUCGUGUGUAUCAAGUUCUACACAGAUUUCGUGGCUGCCUACAAACAGAAGAACAUUCCUACUCUCAAGGAUUCUGUCACAAGAUUUUUGGAUGCUGUGACUGACCUGGACCUCAUACUGGCCAGCGACCCUCACUUCCUGUUGGGACGAUGGUUAGAAGAUGCCAAGGCAUGGGCGCGUAAUGCAGACGAGAAAAUCCUGUAUGAGUACAACGCUCGUAACCAGAUUACAUUGUGGGGCCCCGCUGGUGAGAUUCGCGAUUAUGCUGCCAAAGAGUGGGCUGGAUUAAUGAAGACGUUUUACUUAAAACGAUGGGCUAUGUUCUUGGAGGAGGUUAUUCAAUCAGCAGAGACAGGCCAGAUAUUUAACCAAAGUUUAUAUGAUAAAAAGGUGUUCACACUUGUGGAGCAACCAUUCACAUUUGCUAGAGAUUUAUAUCCUACACAGACGCAAGGCGAUUCAAUUGAUCUUGCAAGAAAGCUCUACCAAAAAUAUGGUUCAAUUUUGAACGCAGAGUUUUCAAGGAAAGUCACAGUUGAAUCUGACAAAAUGGUGACAAAAUUUAGGUCACGUAAUCAGGACAGUAAUUUCGUAUUUACCAUGCAUCAGAAGAUAAUUCCAUGAAAGAGGUCAUGAAUUGUCCUUCUGUUUUCUGCAGAAAAUCUUGUGAUAAUUUUAAUUUGUUAAUCAAUUUUCAUUGAUCAGUCAGUUUAAUCAUUUUUUUUAUUGUAUUCUUGAUCUGAGUUUUGCUAUUUCUAUUUGUUUCGUUGAGAUUUAGAAGAAAGGUUUGGACAUGGCAGUUUAUUGCCAGUCUUCUAACAUCUGUCAUUUAUGGUGCUAGCUUUAGAUUCAAAUGUAUAAAAGCUCCCUACAUAAGCACUUAUAUUGGAAAAUUUUAGCACAUGUAUAAACUGGACAAUCAAAAGCUUUGAUUCCAAAUUGUGAUCAUCUAAUGAUUAGAUAUGUUUAUUUUUAUACUUAAGGGGAAACGUGGAAAUCCAUAACAAAAUUGUGGAGUCAAGAUGUCAGAUUUCUCAAGGGGAAAUAUUGUACCAAUAUAUAAUGUUAUUAUGGUCUGGACUCAAUGAAUUUGCCCUCAGUAGAAAUUUGUUUCAUUCCAUUGACUCAAUAAAUAUCCGUGAUGUCUCACUUGUGAUAAGCGUUUUUAUGUUA